AUGGAGGCCGGCAUGCUCAUGCGCGAACACUACAACAGGUUUGUCGGCCCCUCUCGGGUCACAAAACAAACAUCAAAAAAAACCCAUCCCGCCAGCGACAUCCUUGACUGCUUCCUGCGGCCACACGCCAACAAACGCACCAUCAAAUUCACCCCAGACUACCGCACCCCACGCACACUGCCCAUCAACAAGCUCAGGCAGAUCAUCCACCAGCUCCAGACCGCCCAGCUCAGAAACAUCACCAAGGCCACAACGCGCAUCAGACAGACAGACAGUCACUCUCUCUCUCUUUCCAAGCAGCUGCUGACAGCCACCCUCCACAGACUGCCUGCCGUCAUCGCCUACCUCAACAACGCCGAACACAUCGGACUCUAUCUCCAACUGUUCCUGCCCAAGUGCGGGAUCAGGUUCUGCAAGACUGAUCGCUACAUCCAGCGCCGCCAAGCCCUGCCAUCCCCCGCAGCCCAGUCCCCCCGCCAGCAAUCCCGCAUCCAGCCCAACGAACUCCAAGACCUCCUCGCCCAAUGCCGCGCCUCCACAGAGCCAUACAACAAACUCACCCAUCUUGCCGUCUUUGCAGCCAGGGAAUAUGCGCCCAACGACAUCAUCGCUGGCUGCAAGGGCUCGUUUGCCGACCUGACCAAGCAGGAGGACCUCAAGCUGCGCUCAAACGCCCAUCUGCCCCUACACCCCGCCCGCGCCGGCUCGCCCGCCAUCCCGCCCCGGGAGAGCACCGACUUCUCCCACAUCGUCAACUCGCGCGGCAAAGGGUCUAUGAUAGUAUAA